ACUCGCGCACCGCGUCAUAUUACACUCAUCCAGAGUUUUAGCCACUCACUCUCUCUUAUAAAAGAACUCAUAAAGUCAGUGUUAAGCUCACAACACAAAGAGCCUUUUCACUACUCCAUAUUUGAACACUUCCUUAUUUAGCGUAACAUCUUUCUUUAUAAAUGGAUCAAUUCUUCUCCUUGUCGGACCAGACUCUUUCUCAGUAUCCAUCUUCUAGCUCACUUCAACUUCCGGAAUCCUCAUUUCCCACUGAUAUCACAGGCAAUAGUUUUGUUAGUGAGAACGGGAAAGGCAUUGAUUCUGAUGACUUGCAAGCUCAUGAUUCGUAUGAAGUGUUGUUGGCUUCGAGUACUCCUAAGAAACCCUCUGGAAGGAAGAUAUUUCAGGAGACGCGCCACCCGGUCUACAGAGGAAUAAGGCGUAGGAAGUCAGGCAAGUGGGUUUGUGAGGUUAGAGAGCCUGUCAAUAACUCUCGAAUUUGGUUAGGAACUUAUCCCACUGCUGAAAUGGCGGCACGGGCUAAUGACGUUGCAGCCAUUGCACUCAGAGGCCGAAAUGCCUGCCUUAAUUUCGCUGAUUCUGUGUGGAGGUUGCCUGUUCCGGCUUCUCCUGAUGUCGUUGACAUUCAGAAAGCGGCUUCCAAGGCAGCCGAGGCCUUUAGGCCCCCGGAAACUGAUAAUGCAGCGGGCUCAAGUACUCAGGAAAGCUCAAUAGAAUUGCAAGAGAAUGAGGUGUUGUAUAUGGAUGAAGAGGUGGAAUUUGGAAUGCCUGAAUUCAUUAAUAACAUGGCACAAGGAAUGAUGCUUUCUCCCCCUAAAUAUGGGCAGAUGGAGGGGUGUUAUGGGGAUGAUGACAUGGAAGACCUAUCUUUAUGGAGUUAUUGAUUUCAGUGCACGAUUCUAAGACUAGGGUACUACAGUACUCGUACUAGAUUGGACGUGCCCAAGUGACAACUUUGUCUAUGUUCACUUCUUUUUUCAUAAAUUCGCCGUAUAAAAGCCUGUUUUGUUAUAGUGGGUCGAGAUACACCUCUUGGCGAGACUGCAAAGUAAUGCCCAGGCACUUCCGGCAUACAAUUUGGAGUUUCGGUAAAAAAAAAAAGAGAACGUGGAUCCGGAAUAUGUGUCUGUUCUGUUUGCGUACCUCUCUUUAUAUUUUGGUUGUACCUCAAUUCGAUCACUCCAGUGUGUUGAUGUGGGUGGUAACAACUUGUUCUGUUGCAACCUAUAGCUGAAGGGUCAGCUGUCAUUUUACACUCCAUGAGUGGUGACGACUUGUACUCUGUUGCAGCCCAUAGCUUGUGAAGCGAUCCUUUUAGGCUGUCCUCAUAAUUUGUACCAAUCCCUUAUGUUGUGUGAUAAUAGGGGUUGUACAUUUUUAAGUUUUUGGUGUCUGGGGAGAGUGACUUGAUAUUGGCUCUUUCCAAUUUUCAGUUCGUUUCUUCGUUUCCAGUGCUUGAUGGUUUUUUUUGGAGCCUUGAUGUCUUCUGGGCUAAUACCUUCAAGAUUUGAUAUGGCCUUUCGUACCCUUCUCCAUAUAGCUCAAAUGGACAUUCAUUUGAGUUCUCCACAUGCAUAUUGUGAACUCCGUCAAUGUAUCAUCACCGCAGACAUCUCCUCAUAAUCACUUUCGGAUAA